AUGAAGGAGAAACGGAUGGACGGGGAGAAAGAGAAUGAUUCACCGCAAGCUCUGGAAUUCGAGGCUAUCGAUAGAAGCGGAAUGGCGACCACUUCAGCAGUGCUGUCUACAUCUUGUCAACGAUGCGAUGAGACGGUGCAUCGUAAGAGGGAGAGCACGGACAGCGGUCUCGACUGUUCCACUUUUCUAUCUUCUGAGGCUGGCACAUUUGUCCCUUCAUUCACCCCUUCCACUUCCCCACUUGUUAAAUCGCAGCCGUUCAAAAGAUUCCGAAAAUCUUCACCCGAGAUAUGGCGUCCAUACCUUUGA